UAUCCAAGGCAAGAAAAUGCUGUGACCUGUCUCUGUCCUGAUGUAAUCACCUAUAUAAAGGAAGGACCACAACUUGGAAGUUGAACCCACUUCCAAAGUUUCAGUGAAGCCUUUUAUCCAUCAAAGUUAACAUGGACAAGCUUUGCAGCCAUGCAGCUGUUUUCCUAAUCCUUGCAAUAGGGAAUGCAGUUCUUGUCACUGCUGGAGAUCCGGAUCUCCUCAAAGACUUCGUGGUACCUCUAGGCCUUGAUCCCACCACCAUAACAAGCCAAUACUUCACCUUCACAGGCUUCAGAGCCCUCAGGGAAGCAAAUUUAACUGGGAGAACAACAGCUCUGGUGACCAAAGCAACACUGAAAGAAUUCUCAGCCCUGGAAGGCCAAGGAGUCUCCGUUGCUGCAAUAAUGUACCCACCUUCAGGAAUGAAUCCUCCACAUGUUCAUCCCAGAGCAUCUGAGCUCCUAAUAGUUCUCCUGGGGAGUUUAGAAGUUGGAUUCGUAGACACGACGAAUAAGCUCUAUACACAAACUCUCCAGGCUCCUGACAUGUUCGUCUUCCCAAAAGGACUGGUUCAUUUUCAAGUGAACACUAAAACUGAUUCUCCUUGUAUUGCUCUUGGGAUACUUGGAAGUGCAAAUGCUGGGACUGUGUUAUUGCCAAGCACUCUAUUUGGAAGUGGAAUAAGCGCAGACAUACUUGCCAAGGCCUUCAAAACUGAUGAGCAGACCAUCAACAAGCUAAUUGAGGCAAAUAAGUAGAGCAUUCCAAUGGCAAUGUCAUGGCUUCUUUAAUUUCUUUGCAGCUUCAGCAAGAAUAAAUUAGCAGCAUAAAGCAUUUGAAUGCUGUUGAAAUUGUAGAUUAAUUAAUUUUCAAGCCAAUAUCAACAUUCGGUUCCGAUUAAUAAGCAAGAAUGUUUUAUGUCGUUGUUUCAUCCAAGCUUCAGAAUUUGAAAAUAAUGACAUUCAUAAA